AUGACCGACGUGGACUCGCCUUCUUUGCUGCUUCUGGACUCGUUCUGCCUUGUGCACAUAGCCCAAUUCCUGACGUCGCCUAGAGACCUGGUUUCGCUACAGCGCACUUGCAGGACCCUGCAUGGUUUACUUCAAGCAAACAGCGUGUGGGCUAAUAUACUUAAGCUUAACUAUGGGGGUUUCCAGUUGCAGCUCGUACCUUCGGUUGCCAAGGGGGGUACCUCCUCGGCACCGGCUGCAGUGGGCCCCUUCCGAUUACCAAGCUUCAAGUACCUUUGCCGCCUACUUCAGCAGUCGUCACAGGAUCUACAUCCUGUGAGGUUUGUAGCCAUCUACACGGACGGUGGCGUGGACACGGGAACGCUUCAUUACUGGGCUGACCAUGCCUUCAUCCCGAACUCUUGGGCACCGUUCUGCGCCAAGUAUGCCGACAACGUAAACCUACUGGCUAUCCUCAAGACCGGUCCUGACGCCACAGGAGAGCUCUCCCACCGUUCGCUGAUGAUCAAUUGCCUAAAAUGGGUCCUGCCUCUGCUUCAGCACCACCCCAUGCCGAGCCAUCCCGAGACGCACCCCAUAGAUCCGACCAACCUGAACGAAGCGGCGGAGAUGCUGUCGGCGUGGAAGACACAAC